UGUAAGGCAAAAGGCCAAAGGUCGUGUUGUCAGCCGUGCAACACCGCCGAAUAACAUUCCAGUCAAGAUGGCUGUUUGCUCACCGAUAGGUCGUUAUGGGGGUCUCCGUGCGUUUGUGGCUUUCUCAGUGGUUUUCUUCGUCAUUGUAGGAAGAUCAGAUGCCGCUGUUGUCUCCACUACAUAUGGCGACGUGAGUGGUUCAGAGUUCCUGACCUCCUCUGUUGUCGAAAAUGCCGUCUUUGACCGCGUCUUCACCUUCAAGGGGAUUCCUUACGCCGCUCCGCCUGUGGGGGACCUCAGGUGGCGCCCUCCCCAGGACCCCGCCAGCUGGACAGGUGUCCGUGACGUCACAGAGUUCGGCUCCAGGUGUAUCCAGGACCCGGCCGCGAUGGCCCCAGAGCCGUACCCCAUCUUCCGGGAGUUCCUCGCUCGCACCAACGCCAGCAGCGAGGACUGCCUGUUCCUGAACGUGUACACUCCAGAAGUGUCCAACACUGCCAACCUGCCUGUGAUGGUGUGGGUCCAUGGCGGAGGCAUGGUCCGUGGCAGUGCCGACGAAUACCCGGCUGAGAUCCCCACGUCACUCCAUAACGUCGUCAUGGUAACCACCAACUUCCGUUUGGGCAACCUGGGCUUCCUGCCUACCCGGGACGACGACGCACCGGGAAACAUUGGGCUGCUGGACUUGAUGAAAGGUCUCCAGUGGAUUCAGGCAAACAUCCGGAACUUCGGAGGAGAUCCCGACAGAGUCACCAUCUUCGGCCAGUCCGGAGGAGGCUGGGCCGUCUCCCUGCUCGUCAUGUCUCCCAUGGCAACGGGACUGUUCCACCGGGCCAUCUCUCAGAGCGGCGUGGCGGGAAUCGCAAUCACCCAGAAGGGAGACCUCACACAAACAGAGACUCUCGCCCGCGGAUUAAACUGCACCACGGCCUCCUACGAUGACAUGAUGAGCUGUCUGCGGGGAAAGCCGAGUGAGGCCAUCGCGGCAGGGACGACCGCCACAGCUCUGAUCGGCGGCAGGCUUCUCCCAGAGAGUCCAUGGGACCUGAUGUACAAGAACCGGAUAAACAGGGUUGACUACCUCCUGGGCACCAACAACGACGAGUUUGCCUAUGUAGACGACGAUGGACUGACCAGGCCGGAGUUUGAAAUGCAACUGUCCUACAGUCUGCGUCGGAUUACUUCGCAGUACUUGGGAGGUAUGGUUAACGAGAUUCUGCAGCCCGUGAUAGACCAGUACGUGGACCCAGCCAGCGGGAACGAUCCUAUCUACCUGGGCGAGCAGUUCCUAAAGCAGGGCACCGACUCGGCGUUCGCCGCGCCGACCGUUCAUAUGGCUCAGGCUGCAGUUUACGGAAACGAACAGGUUUACCAGUACGAGUUUCAGCGCGCCUCGUCGGUUUUCAGCUAUCGGCCUUCGUACAUCAAGGCGGACCACGGAGACGAGCUGUUCUACACGUUCGGCAUCCCGCUCCUGCGUGACGACACCGGCGCCUCCUGGAAGUACAACUUCACCCAGGAGGAGAGGGACCUGAGUCUGGACAUGAUGGCGUACUGGGUCAACUUUGCAACUAACGGCGACCCAAACGACUCGUCUGGAGCAGCGAGCACGCGUAACCUCGUCGCCUGGCCACGCUACAUGACGUCAUCACAAUCCUACCUCCAGCUGGACGUGACGCCAUCUACUGACGACAGGCUGCGAGAUGAGCUGAUGAAGUUUUGGAACGAGGAGGUGCCGAGGCUGCUGGGAAAGGAUGUCAGGUCCGGUGGUGACGGAGGGCCUUCGCGAAGUCAUGUUCUCCUGGCGUUCGUGCUGAGUGUGUCCUAUGUCUUUGCCUAGUGAAUGCAUGAAUGAAGGCCUUUAUUGUGCAUUUUUGCCUAACGGAGCUUAGUACAGGUUGCAACAGAGACAAAACAAACAUGUAAAGGUACUAUUAUAGUUUUAGUCUGGCAUAGAACUUUGGCUUAAGCUUCUUCUCGCUUUUUGGUAAUGCUGAAAAUGUAGAAUUGUACAUCUAUGUAUAGUCAGUUAGUCAGUUUGUCUCAUGGGGAAUAUAUUUUUUCAGUCCUAGCUAUAGCCUUGUGCCUAAAGUGAGGGAAUCUACUUUCUAUAUCAAUGAAUUAUUUCUAUCAUUAACAUGCGUAGUACAAUCUACGAUGAAGUGCACUUCAUAUUCUACUGUGUUUGAAACUUUGAGGUACAAAAUUGACGGAUUCUUUGUUCUAAAGGAGUAAUACCCGGGUAUAUAUAUAUACUCGGUACAGAGUAUGACUAUUUUCACACCUUAUCUUUACUACUCUACCCGAAUUGCUGUAAAAUAGAUGAAAUUGCUUGAAGUUCAGAAAUAAAGACCAGAAG